GAACUUUCUGUGCUUUGUAAUGGAUGUUCAUGGGAGAACCUGGCUGGUGUGCUGUUUAUCUUAAUAAAGAAAAGCAACAUCUAUUUAGCACCAGGGUUAAAGAAGAUGAGUAAUAUCGGGUCUCCUCUUGUGAAAUUGAAUGAUGGACACGCCAUGCCUGUGCUGGGAUUGGGCACUUCUGCACCUGCUGAGGUUGCUAAGAAGGAGGUGGAAGAAGCCAUCAACAUAGCAAUUGAUGUAGGCUAUCGGCAUUUUGACUCGGCAUACUUUUACCAAAAUGAAGAAGAAAUUGGGAGGGCCAUUGGGAAGAAGAUUGCCAGUGGCACUGUGAAGAGAGAUGAGAUAUUCUGCACUUCAAAGCUAUGGUCCACAUUUCACCGUCCAGAAUUGGUGCAAAAAGCCCUGGAAGCAUCAUUAAAGAAACUUCAGAUGAGCUAUGUGGAUCUUUAUCUUAUUCAUAGCCCAAUGUCUUUUAAGCCUGGGGAUGAACUUUUACCAAUGGAUGCACAAGGGAAACUAAUUUAUGACACAGUGGAUCUCUGUAGCACAUGGGAGGCCAUGGAAAAGUGCAAGGAUGCAGGAUUGGCCAAAUCCAUUGGGGUGUCCAACUUUAACUGCAGGCAGCUGGAGAUGAUCUUGAACAAGCCAGGGCUGAAGUAUAAACCCGUCUGUAACCAGGUAGAAUGUCACCCUUAUCACAACCAGAGAAAACUGCUGGAGUUCUGCAAGUCCAAGGACGUUGUUCUGGUUGCCUAUGCUGCAUUAGGGUCCAACACAAAAAAGCAAUGGGUGAAGAAAGGCAACCCGAUUCUCCUGGAGGAUCCUGUACUAAAUGCCAUUGCUGAGAAAUACAGGCGCACUCCAGCCCAGAUAGCUCUACGCUACCAACUGCAGCGAGGCAUAGUGGUCCUGGCCAAAAGCUUCAACAGGAAAAGAAUACAAGAGAACUUCCAGAUUUUUGACUUCCAGCUGACACCAGAGGACAUGAAAACUAUUGAUGACCUGAACAGAAAUAUUCAGUAUUUUGAUGGGUCUACUUCUGAAGAUUCUCCAGAUUUGGAUGACUGAUGACUACAAACACCAUAUUUGCACCAAGAUUCUUGGAUUCUGACUAAAGAAUAGAGAGGUUUUCAGGACCCAGAGCUUUCUGAUUGACUGCAUGCUGCACAGAAUGCUCAAUCACGAGUUCACUCAGAUCUCUGAAUCAAGAAAGAAAAGUCUCAUAACUCAAUCUUUUUCUUUUCCCUCUGAAGAAGAUAAAGACACAUUCAAAG